CACUGUUUAUUUUAAGUUUUGCAAUUAUUUUGUGGCACGAAACAGCUGUGGGAGUGGGGACAAUGUUUCUGUUGCGUUUUUAUUUGUUUUUGAGCAUUUCGUGCGGAAGAGCAGUUGUUGAUUUUUUUUCUUGGUUUCGAGGCUAUAUGGUGAAGAAGAAUCACAGGAUUGUGUACUGCAUACAUUUUCUGAUAAUAAAAAUAAUGAAAUGAAGGAAUGAAAGAAUGAUACAAACGGAUUUUUAUACUGUCUGGUGUGUGUGUGUGUGUGUGUGUGAGAGAGAGAGAGAGAGAGAGAGAGAGAGAGAGAGAGAGAGAGAGAGAGAGAGAGUGAGUGAGUUUCGUUGUGUUUCCUUAUUUGUUUUCCAUGUAAUUGAUAUUAAAGACACCCGAAUUCCACACUGGCAAUGUGAAAUCCUGGUUGAGCAGAUGGAAAUCCGUGCAUCUGUAUUCGGAGAUAGAUGCCUACAUUUCAGGAGAAUAUUACUCGUUGGUGUACCGUUACGUUUGGGAAUUUGAAAUUAACUAUUUUGUUAAGACUGGAAUAAUUUGAGAGCAAUCCUAAAAAUUGCUUAACUAACAAGAUAUUUUUCUUUUAUAGAACAGAAAAGAUGUUCAAGACUUUUGCCAUCUUGGUUAGAGUCCCCCAAACACAAACUAAUCCAAGAGUUCAUACUCUCGAGGAGAAUGAUAACAUGAAUUUAUUGGCGAUUGUGAUCCUGUCUCGGGGAAAGUGCGGCCUCUCUACCUGCACCACUCGCUACCUGGUGGCCAUGGCAGCGGCGGAUCUACUGACCAUUUUCACCGCGGUCAUUCUGGGGCGAAUCAAAUCCUAUUACUUCAGGUGGAGUUUUCUGAGCAUCACUCCUGUGUGCAGUGUUAUCGAUGUACUGAGCUUCACAGCCACACACUGUUCUGUCUGGUUCACCGUCGCUUUCACCUUUGACCGGUUUGUCGCCAUUUGCUGUCAGAAGCUGAAAACAAAAUAUUGCACCGGGAAAACUGCGGCUGUGGUUCUAACAACAAUCGGCGCACUGUUCUAUCUGGAAAAUGUUCCCCGAUACUUCACACGGCAACCCGGGGUGAUCAUCGACAAUGAUCUGUGAUCUCAGGGACAAUGUUUUCACUGACCCCGGGUGGAUAGGAUAUGACUGGGUCGAUACGAUUUUAGUUCCAUUCCUCCCUUUCGCUGGGAUCCUGCUGCUCAACGCUCUGACAGUCAGACACAUUUUAGUGGCCAGUCGGGUCCGUAAGGGGCUGAAGGGUCAGAGCAAGGGGGAGAAUCGCAGUGACCCGGAGAUGGAGAGCAGGAGGAGGUCUGUGAUUUUACUCUUCACCAUCUCCGGCAGCUUCAUCCUCCUGUGGAUGACAAGGGUUGUAAACUUCAUAUAUUAUCAGGUCUCAGGGGAAGGAUUCAGUUUCAAUGAUUCUGAAUGGAUCUUUAUCUUCGUCGGGGUUUUGCUGAGUGAUUUCAGCUGCUGCACCAACACGUUUAUUUACGCGGUGACUCAGUCAAAAUUCAGGGAACAGAUAAUUAGGACGGUGAAAUAUUCUGUCCCCUCGGUGCUUCAUUUUAUUAAUAAAGCUGCGUCCUGAGCCCAAGCCGGACGCGACCACAAUUUCUCCAGUCCGGAGGCAAACUUCUCACAUUCACCGCCUGAUCUCGCAGUUGUUAUUCCGGGGCCGACUGUCCGACUGACCAGCAGGUCUGGGACAUUAGGAUAGUGUGUUUCUGGGGAGGGGCAAAGCACUGUCCUGGUCUCGCCAGAUGUCAGUCAACGAACUACUCUGAAAUGCCAGCCAUCCAUUGGUCUGGGAAUAUGUCCAUUUAUCCCUAUUCCCGCCCUCCAACCUCACAGACCAACUUUCCCACAAGACAGCUGGUGUUCUAGUCUGAUGCUGGUAGGAUAAUCACAUGUCAAACACACCAGUUUCCGCCUUCCGCUUGAUUGAUUGGCUAACGUGCAUAUAAAUAGGGCGGGUAUUGGAUACAUUGUGGUUGGCACUCCAAAUUAAUCCACGUUCCCGCCACUAACUGGACGGGAAUAUGGUGUAGAGGAUAGGGAAAUAAAACCCUUGCUGCUUCUUUGUUCUAAUGAAAACUGAAUUACACUCCAAAAAUCCUACAGAUUGUACCACGUGAAGCCCAAUAGAGAGAAUCAAAUUAAACUCAUUCCCACGACUGAAAUGAAAGAUAUCCGCCCCCAACGAUUGUAAUGAAAUCUGUAUUUCAUUUCUGUCUACCUGAUCACCUUCACCCUGAAAUAGUGUGUUUUCAAGUGCUUCAUAAUGACAAGAACUACAUGACCCAGUAUGGAGUUUUCCAACACGACAUAAGGAAUAAUUCGUUAUCGUCGGGCUAAUUCAGGUCGUAUCAAUAUAAUUCCUUCCCUUCUUGUUUUUACCCGGUUCUCCCAUGAACGGAACACAGGUGUUCUCUAAAGGUGCCUCCCCUUGUGCCCAGUAUCCCACUAGAUUUACCAUAAGCCCCUAAUUCUUAACCCUGCAAACUUCUGAUUUGCAAAGUGGAAGGUUUUUAUCUACAGUUGAAUCUUCAACAGCUUUUGCAGCGAAAUAGUCAACCCGUUCAUUCACACCCA